AUGUCAAUCGGCGUUCCCAUCAAGCUUCUUCAUGAGGCACAAGGUCACAUUAUUUCUUUAGAACUUAAGACUGGUCAGCUGUACCGUGGUCAGCUUCUUGAAGCCGAAGACAACAUGAACAUCCAGUUGAAGGAUAUUACCGUUACCGGACGCGAUGGUCGUGUUUCACAGUUGGAUCAAGUUUAUAUCCGUGGAUCGCAUGUUCGAUUCUUUAUUGUUCCCGACAUGUUGAAGAAUGCGCCAAUGUUCAAGCGAGUAGGUCCUGGUGCACUAAAGGGUAGAGGUAUUGGUCUCGGUCGAGGUAGAGCUACCGUGGCACGUGCUCAAGGUAAUGAAUUACGAGAGAUAGAUUAA